AUGUCCUACCAGUCACAGGCGGCUCCGCAUCUCCCGAUCCCCGUCUACAACCCCAUGGCCGCCAUCAAUGCCCCCGCCGGUACUUUUCUGCCCGGGACCAAGGUCCAGGUGGGCAGCCACCGGGUCGUGGUUGAGAAAUACCUCUCCGAAGGUGGUUUCGCCCACGUCUACGUCGUGCGCCUGCCUCAACCUGUCGAUGGCUCCGAUCGUGCGGUGCUGAAGCGCGUGGCCGUCCCCGACAAGGCGGCCCUGGCCAACAUGCGCACGGAGGUCGAAACGAUGAAGAAGCUCAAGGGACACCGCCAUAUUGUCACCUACAUUGACUCUCAUGCGUCGCAACUGCAGGGCGGCGGAUACGAGGUCUUUCUCCUCAUGGAAUUCUGCGCCGGCGGCGGACUGAUCGACUUCAUGAACACGCGCUUGCAGAACCGGUUGACCGAGCCAGAGAUUAUCAGGAUCUUCUCGGACGUGGCCGAGGGUGUCGCAUGCAUGCACUACCUCAAGCCUCCGCUGUUGCACCGGGAUCUUAAAGUCGAGAAUGUGCUGAUCUCCCGUCACGGAAGCUCCACGCUCUAUAAGCUGUGCGACUUUGGGUCUACUGCGCCGCCGCGCCCCGCGGCCACUUCGGCGGCUGAAGGCCGGCUGAUUGAGGAUGACGUGCAGCGCCAUACGACGCUGCAGUAUCGCAGUCCGGAGAUGAUCGACGUCUAUCGGAAGCAGCCUAUUGACGAGAAGAGCGACAUCUGGGCUUUGGGAGUCCUCCUAUAUAAACUAUGCUACUACACGACUCCGUUUGAGGAGGUGGGACAGAUGGCCAUUUUGAAUGCCAGCUACAAAUUCCCUAGCUACCCACCCUUCUCCGACCGCUUAAAGAUGCUGAUUGCCUGGAUGUUGAAAGAACACCCGCAAAAACGCCCGAAUAUCUAUGAAGUGGUGCGCGAGAUCUGCCACAUGCAAGGCAAGGAUGUGCCGAUCCGAGACAUCUAUGCCAAUCGCUCGACGUCGGAAGCCCGCCGUUACCAGGAGCUGCCACCUUCCCCCACAGAAACACCACAGGUGGGCGCCGUCUUUUCUCCCCCAAUGCAAGAGACGCAGAUCAUUCCCGAGAUUGCCCCCAUGCGACGCGGCCGCCCGACCAGACCAACCCCGUCCCAGCACAACUCGGCCAAGCCGAGUCCGUCACCAUUCCGUGGAUCUGGCGAUCCAUUUUCCGUCUUGGAUGCUGGAAACCGACAGCGGGAUUCCGCGGAUGAGUUCUCGAACCGGUUCCCGUCGCUGGAUCAGUUCCAGAUCCUGCAUGAGAAAGGGGGCAAGUUCGACUUUGAGCCCACCGUGUCCGAGAAAACGGAAGACGAAGAUCUGGCUCAACGACUUACCAAUGCUCUGGCAGACGAUGCGUUCGCCAAACGCCCCGCGGCAGAGAACGAUCCUCUUCCCAAGACAUCUUCGGAGCCGACCAUUCAGCGCCGUCCCCAGCCGGCACCGAUCAAGACCAAGUCGUCCGAGGUGAUCGAGACUUACCGCGAGGAGUCCCGGCCUCAGGUUCCCUUGUACCAGCCUGUGCCGCAGAAACCCACCAUGGUCUCGACUGGUACCAUGACCUCCCCGCCGGCGACGCCUGGUGUGCCGAACUCCAAGCCAGCCAGCCGGCCCAUCUACAAGUUCCCGUCCAGCGACCACCAGCGUCGGCCAUCCAGCCAACCGUGGCCGGCAGAGGCGGACAAAAAAGCAGCUCGGCAAAGCAAAGCUCCGUCACCCACCUCUUCGUCCUUCCCCAACCCGCGAGUCUCGAACGACCGCGUCUCCGAUCUGUCUGCUUCGCCACGGCCGUCGCUUGACGGACUCCGACCUACCAAUUUGGAUGUGGAGGAGCCCGUGGGCCGAUCUCGGUCAGCCAACAGCCGCUCCCGGCCUGUGUCUGUUCAUGCUAGCGCACGUUUUGAGCUGCCUCGCGGGUCGGAGAGCGCGCGCUCCUCCCUUGACCUGCCACGCAGCCCUUAUGAAGGCGGCGCACCGCUGCAACACGCGCGCACCGAAACAGACCAGCUGUACGACCGCAACAUCUCGUCGGAUGUGGACUAUCUGCGCGCACGCGAAGAGGAGAGCAGCCGGAAGCGCGAGAAGCGGUAUAGCGGCACGUCCAAGCACACGAAACGGUCGAGCUUGUCGACGCUGUCCCUGUCAGGCACAAAGACGCUAUUUGCGGGACGAUUCGGCGAUGCGUUCCGGCGGUUCGAACAUAGUAACCAAGAAAGCAAGGCACAGUCUCCAGUGGCGGAAGAGUUCCCCAAACCCGUACUGCCUUCGCCGGAGGUGACGGCAGAGCCGGCCAGCGAACUGAUCGAGAUGGACAGCGAGGACAUUUCGCCGGAGAUGCGGCGGGAGCUGGAGCGGCGGCGGCUCUCCCAGGAGGAGAAGCGCGUAGCCAAGGCAGCAGAGGAGUACCGCCGGCGGGUGGCCGAAGGUGGAGCGGGUGGCUUCAAGGGCGGCGACGGGUCCCGGUCGCAGGCGAUCCAGAGCAAGGUGCAGUCGCUGCUGAGCGAGUCGAACCGGCCACCGGUUCCGCCCAAAACGGCGACGGGCUACGGGCGAUACACGGACGAGUCAAGCGCCGCUUUGCAGGCAAAGCCCACGGAGGCACGUCCGGACACGCGAGGAUCGCGGGUCAGCGGCACGACAACGUCAUCGAUGCAGGAGCGGUACGAAUCGCGCGGACUGCCUCGACAGGAGACGGCUUCGACGGGCUAUGCCGCCUCUCAGCGCACCGGGUCGUCCCGACCGGCUCUGCCACCCAAGCCCAAGGGGCUCCGAGUGGGGGGUAUCGAGACGCGGACGGAGAGCCAACCCGCUAGUCCGACGGUGAGCUCGCCGGCGACGGCAGGCGAUGACUGGGAAGCCAACUUUAGCCGGCGAUUCCCAAGCCUGUCGGGGUUAGAGAUGGAGACGGAGAUCGAGAUGGCGCGGGUGCCGCUGCGGACGCGCGAAGUAUAG